CUUUUACAAUAAUCUCAUCGACCUGUUAAAGACGUUCAGAUUCACAACCAUGAAAAUGUGAACGACAAGGGUUCCGGAGACUUCCCAUCGCCACAUGGAACAUCUCACUUCAACACUAUAGCAAAUUGCAAACAAUACCGGCACCUGAAAGAUGUAUAAUACCCAUCGAUGCUCCCACCAAGCCUGCGACCAACUCAACAGCAAUACCAGUACCCAUCUCCAUCCUAUCAGUACCGGCAAACAAAAUGGCCCUCGAGAACGCCCUAAGAAAUGUCAUCGCCGAUAUCGAUACUUGGAUUGAAACCCCUAAUCCAGAGGACAGCGUCUUCGCCCAUCUCAAGUUCAAGGGCGCUGCUGGGAACAUCUACGAGAUCCCAGACAGGUUGUAUCUCCGUAGAGUUACCGAUGAUACUAAGAUCGUUAUUGUCGUUGCGGAAAGCAAAAAGUCAAUGAUCGACAAGAACUUGAGGCCCAAACUCGCCAGAAUCACCCAAGGAGCUUUAGAAGAUGGAAUGUUGGUCACAUCUGAUGUGACAGUCUAUUCGUACGCCGAGCUUUUCACUCUGCUCAAGAGCUUUCGGGAUCCCCUUUUCUGGAACCAAGACUCCCAGGACUUCUGUCAUCCGUACACAAUGUUCUUGAUGGACGUCGAGCCUGAGUUUAGUGCGGAAUUCGUCCUGGCGCUAAACGCUGCGACGAUCUUCACUUCUACAUUCAAUCAUAAUCAGCAGAAUCCGAAUACCAUUGUGAAGCUAAUGACCAUGUCGUCCGAAGCCAUCCACCCAUUCAUCACCAAGUUGUUCAAUCACUUCAACUACUGCCAGUUCUUUGAAUUACUCGAAGUUGAAGAUUACUACGCCCCUAGACACGUUUACGCGUCCGAUAUAAACCAAGUACUACGCAAAGUCAAGUGGUGGGUCGAAGGAGAAGGAAGAAAUCAAAAGAAUACGAUCAUCACGUUCUGUGGUGACGAUCUUAUGCCUGAUGAAUGGCGCGAAGACCCGUUCAUCCAGAACUUCAAACAGGUCCAAUUGAUCCACCCUGGGUUUCUGGAACUCAUCACGGCCAGCAAUGAGAAUAUGCUGAUUUCCAUUCCCGAAACCUUCGAGGCCGACCUGAUUCUUGAGAUUACUGGAAAUGUGCACAUAGUACCAAACCUUGUGCGGAGACGAGCCAUUUUGGAUCGGCAGACUGGACACGAGGUUGAAGUCACACUCAAGCUGUCGAAGCGAGAGCGCGAAGCCCAGAUGUCUGCUGCGUCGUGGUUCAACAUCGCUGAUACGAACGUGCGUUUAUAUGCACCUCAAGAUUACCUUGACUCUCCCGAAUUUGAUUUCCCUCGUCGCAUGAAGUUUGCCUGUGAGCAGCUUGACGGAUUUGUCGCGGCAUGGACGGAUCUAGAAGACUGGCCUGAUGAAACGUUCGAUAUCCUUGAUAUCUUGAAAAGGGACAACGCGGCUGCUACCGAACAUAAUUCCACUGCUUCCACAGCUGCGGGUGAUGGCAUUGCGUAUUAUGAUAUUGGUGGUGCUAUUGAUCAAACAUGGAAGCGCUUACAGGUCCAAGGCCUCCUCAGCAACACUUUUACUGAUUUUGCUCUUGGUUCCGCCAUCGCUCCCCAACAUGUGAGGUUCUUCCACGACCUCAACCAGACUAUAUGGUUCAACGGCAAGGCCGCACAUGCGAUGGCACUUCGAUCUGCGCCAAAUGUCACCCAACUCAAGAUGCACCUGGUUGCGGCUUUGUGGGUCGGUAUGAAGCGACUGGUCGAAGUUGACUGGCGAAACUUCAACAAGAAUGCCAUGGUGGAGAUUCGAAGCCUUGUUGACUUUAGUAGCACCUCCUCUAUUGCUCAGUACGGCACUCUCUGGACCAAUAUGGGCUUGAUGGAGGCUGUCUGGGCGAAGCAUGCUGCAGGGUUUUGUCCUUCCAGCACUGCUUCGCUGAUUAUCGAUGGCCGGGUCUCAGCCUCCACGUUGACUAGGUCAAAGUGGAUGAGUUACAGGCAAUCUAUUUCCGCUUUGGCGGCCCGUGAAGGUAUUGCAAUGCCUUCCACCGGUGGUUUCUUCAACAGAGACUUCGAAAUCCAGGAAGCCGAUUACAACCAGCUGUGUCAGCACUUCUUGCGGGCGUACUCGAACCAGGUCGCCAUUGUCAUGAAGAGCAACAACAGUUUGGAGAUAACGGACUUUGCAUCAGGAGAUAGACUGAACUUCACAGACGAUGUUCGGUAUCUGAUUAAUUGGGGCGAGCUCGCUAAACGGGAGCCAUUCCCCGUGCUUGGGUUCUAUAUUACAGCGUCUCGGGCUUCGAAUACGGCGAGAACCGAGAUCUCUGACUGGAACUGGAUCCCCGCUCCCAUGUGGAAUGAAUGGGAGCUGACUCUAAAGUCCAGUCGUCACAAGGGAACAGUAGCUUUCAAGAUACCAAGGGCCUCUCGCCGGUCUCGCCGGUCUCACCAGAAUCCCGACGAGGUUUGAGAGAUUAGUGUACUUUGUACUGUUAUAUGUUUAUGCUUCCCGAGAUCCGGAGCGGAGAGUUACUGAGCUGUUUAGCCAUGAAACCGGAGUAGGGGUCGGGGAUCUUUAUUGCGCGAUUGUCACCCGUCGUUCGUCGAGGAGAGUAAGGACUGAGUGUUCGGCCUUUCGGACAUGGGACUGUAGGGCCUUGGGUGUGCGUCUGGCGGGUUAUUUGUAUUUUUCAUUUUGUAUUUGAAUAGCUCGAUGGAUAUGUCAAUGCAAUAUCAGUCUUUGAUACGUAGAAGCUUGCC